AUGGAUACCCCUUUUAUCAUUCACUGGCUACGACAAGCCCGCGCAUCUUAUGGUGAAAUUGUUGUCAAUGUUGUUUCCUUUCUAUUGUUCUCACAGCAGCUACUCAUGUACUUUGGAAUAAGCCCACAAGAGUUUAUAACCAUUAUAAUUUGGACUGUGGAUACAGUGAUGAUCGUCAUCAUUGGUGCUGUUGUAGCACUCAUUGCUCUGCUCAUGGCAUCUUCUAUUGUGGCCAUUGGGUGCAUCGUUUUUGUAGGAGGUUUCAUUGCCAUUGUUCGAUAUGCUCUCUUCCUUGGUCAUCUGGGACAAAAGAUGGUAUGGAUCUUUGGGAAAAUGACCAUCUCACUACUGGCAGUUUGUUGUAUUUUGGUACUUUUCCUUGCUUGGUGUGUGAGAUCCUUUAGUUGCUUUUUGAUGACAACAGUAUGGGAAAACUUGACCAAGAUAACUGAUCCUGAUGCCUUGAUCAUUCCUUCAUCAUAUAUCAAUGCUUCUAACAGACCCUCUCUAUUGCGGCGUCCUACUGCUGAUACAAUGAUCAAUGCCCCUUCUAUUUCCAGACCUUCUUUUUUAUGGCGAUCUUCUGGCUCUCAUGAUUGUGGCAUUUCCAGUGAUAAAGACUCUUACUGUAAGAUGGCUCAUAUGUCCACUUCAGAAUUAUACACCCAUCCCAUCAAUAUGAAUAGACCAUCAUUUUUACCACCAUUAUCAUCAUCAUCAUCAUCAUCAUCAUCAUCGCCAUUACAAGCUUAUGGGAGGGGAUCAGGGAUAAAUAUUUUUUCACUCGUUGGCCGUGAUACUAGAACCUCUUUAGUACCCAUAUCAUCAGAAUCUAUCAUCAUCGUCAAUAAAUUAUAUUUUUAA